AUGGAAUCAAAUUUUAAUUUACCUCCAAGCAACAAGAAGGAAGAGAAAAAUCAACAAGAAAACAAAGAAGAAAAAUACAGCAGUGCUGGUGGCGACAAUGGAAAACAUUAUCAAGAACAACAACGGAUAGAUGUUGCUGUAACAUCAUCAUCAGCAUCAGCAUUGGAAGGAAAAGAGGAUGGUAUUACUCGGACAGUGUCUAGUUUAAAUCCUUCUCCAUGUACAAAUAAUUAUAAUAAUAAUACAACAACAAUAAUAAUAACCGAUAAUAAUCAAAACGAGAGAGGAAAAUUAGAAAUGUAUAUUGAUACUAAUAAUUUACGUUUACCACUUUCUCCUUCUGCAUUGUCUGUCUCCUCAUCAACAUCAGAUGGCACACCAACUAAAAUUCCAACCUCCACUAAUUGCUCACCAUCACGACCUUUAUCUACUAUUUUGCAUAAUAAUAAUAAUAAUAACAAUACUAAUAGUGCCUUGCUCUCAUCGAGUACAUGGUGGAGAGAAAGAUUAUUCCCUAAGGAAUUACUACCAAAUUCUACUCUCACAUCAGCACGAGCUUCAUCAUCAGCACUGAAUUUCAACAUAAGUCUCAUCGAUGAAUCAACAUUUGAUACACUUGCUCCUUCAUCAUUGUCCUCUUCUCGUUUGGAUGCUAUUCAUACAUCUUCAGAGGGUGAGUUUUCAGAGGAAACACUCCUAGAACAUAUAAGCAAGGAGUUGUGUUCGAAUAUGCGUGAGGAAGAGCUUGAACAAGUUUCCACACCAGCUGUGGUUGACCAUAUAUUACGAGAGAUGAAGUUUUCAAAACAGAAAUGUUCACUAGUACACUUGGCAGCAAAACAUAAUCGUGUAGAACUCUUGCAGUGGUUUAAAAGAUGCUGUUGCGAUAAAAAGUGUUCCUACAAGCACAUACCCAUCUCUAAACUACUCAACUCUGACAAAUCUUCAUCAAUAACGGAUUCAUCAUUUUCUAUUUUGGAAAGUAAGAGAUUUAGCAGGAAUUUUGGAAAAAACUUUAAUGUUGCCAUAAGGCACUUCGACUCAUUGGAUGAUGACAGUUCUUCCCAACAUUCCAAACAGUGUCUACUUAAACAACAAUCCUUGUGGUUUGCUUUGGACCAUUAUUCUGCAACACCUCUCUUUUAUUCUUGCAAGCAUGCACAAGCCAUGGAGGCAAGUGCUUUUCUGUUAUCUCAACCAAGUGUCUCACAGAAACAGCUCAACCAUCACCAUGAUCAAUUUGGAAACCUUCCAAUAACUAUUGGAUUUAGAAAUGGAAAUUUCAGACUAUGUGACUUGUUGGUUUUGUUUGGAGCCAAAAUUGAUGUUACUUCAGGAAUUCUUGCUGAAAGUCUACUUCACAAAGUUUGCAGAGAUGGUGCAGAUUUGGAGGUUGUUAAAUAUUUGGCUAGGUUUGUUUUAUUCAUAUUUAUUUUCAAUAUAUCAUCAUUUAUUCAAUUCAGGAAUGCACCAAAAGUCUUACUCAAAAGAAAUCAAAGAGAUGAAAGUGCACUGUUUGCCUGCAUUAGGGAUUUGAGAAUGGUUCUCAUUCCAUCAAGUGGAGGCUCCUUCAGCAGUGAUAUAAGUCUUUUCCACAAUAGAAAGAGUUCUAAUGGAGUUAGUGAUACAUCAUUCACUCUCCUUCAUAAUAUUCUUUCCUAUGGAUCGGAAUUGUUUGGAAGGGAAACAUUUGAGAAGGCUGUUCUCAUGAAAAACUCAUUCGGAAUGAAUAUUUUAAUGACGAGUAUAUUGUACAAUGAUAUGGACGCAAUGAAAGUGAUUUGUCUUGGACUUUCCAACUAUUGCAAACCUGGAGGCGCUAGAAAAGUUGAUCUCAAUACUUCACAAAUGAGUGGAGAUUCGACUGGAAGUGGUAGUAGUUCAGAGGGUAUUGCUGCUGUGGAUGAUCAGAUACCUUCUCCAAGAAAGAGAAAUUCUCUCCGAUUACGACUUCACCAGAGAAUUUUAUCGAUGGAUAAAAGGGAUUCAAACAAAAGCAUUCUGAAAACAAUUGUAUUCGAUAAAGAUAAGCAAGGAAAGACAAUACUCCAUCUCAUAAUUGAGACAGCUAUUCAAUUAGAAGAUAAUGGAGCAUCAUGGGACGAUUUGAUUGACUGGUUUGAUGGAUUCCAAUGGCUUUGUUUGUGGCUAACUGAAGUUUUUUCACAAACGUUGAAUGUUAGAACAAAUGGUGAGUGGACUGCAGAUUGUGGGCUGUGCCACUUUUUUGAAGCUAGAGACUUGCAAGGUUACUCACCAUAUGGAAUGGUGGUAUCCAAACAACCAAAUGAGGAAAUGAACUUUUUGGAAAAGGAGAGCACCGAUGAUAGAGUACUCUUCUGGCCAAGAGUUUUGGAGUUCAUUCAAACAACGAUAAAGAAGUGGGCAGUCUCUGAAAAGGUCAAGAAUACAUCUGAGAAUAACCUGAAUGGUUCUCGUAACAAUUUCAGAUAUGCUGAAGUGACAGGAAGCAGGGGAUUUUUAAAUUCUGAAUCAGAUUCACUCGAUUCCCUCUAUGCAGAUCAAGAAGCUUCUAAUAAUGGUGCAGCUGCAACUACAUUUAUUGAAAGGAGUAUUAAUUUUAAUGAAUCAUCAACCAUACAACAAUCAUCAUCACAACAACGAGAAAAUCAACAUGUGUCGGGAAGUUUUAUAGGAAGCAAUACGAGUAGUUCAUCUAGCUCGACCAAUUUUUCAGCAACAAUGAUGAAAAGUAUUAAGGAAGCUAUUGUGUCCUAUAUAAUUUCAAUGCAAUACAAGCCACUGAGGCAGGGCAAAAAGUUUAUGCUUCUCUCUGUUUUGUAUCAUUUGUAUAUAAUGUGGAUUUCCAUCUUUUUACCAACACUAGGCGAUUAUAAUUGGGGAGAAUAUGCAAAUUGGAUAUUCAAGGCAGUAAAUUAUCCAGUAACCCUUUCACUAGAUUUAAUUCCCUAUGGUGGCAUUGAGGCUUUGGGAGCAAUUGUGUUUGCAAUCAGUGCCCUAUCUGUUCUUGUUGUUAUAAUGGCAGUUGCGAGUGUUCAUAGGACGAGUAAACACAUUGAGAGGGUGAGAUUAAUAGUAAUGGUGACUGGACUUGUUCUCUCUCUGUUGGGACCACUCUUUGCAUUUAUUCUGACGGGCUUUACAGAUUGUGAAUACAAGCAAAAGGUGUACUUUGAGAGUAUAGAUGAUAAGGCAUAUGCUCUUUCUAGAUAUCCAGAAGCAGAGUGCUUUGGGGAUAAUAUGUACCUUUACAUUAUUUCAAUUAUUGCAGUAUUCGGAAUUUGUCUAUCCAUAUUAUGCACCUUAAUUUCCUUCUCAUCAAGUUGGAAGAGUGACAUGGUAUUCAAAACAGUUGUCCAUUAUCCAUUAUCAUACUUGGUUAUUAGUAAUAUUCUUCAAAUGUUCAUCAUGUAUUUUAUUCAUGAUGAGUUCAUGUAUGGAAGAGCAAUCCUUCACUUGAUUAUUUCAGCAAGUUGGAUUCCUAUACUAUUCUAUGAACUGCCCUUCCAAUACAGAUAUGAAAAUUCAAUUUAUUCUGGAGUGGGUUUUGCAAGAAUAGGAGCAUCAAUUGGUUCUCUGAUAUCUUCCCUUGCCAACUCAGCUGACAAUUCAGGUUUUGGUUUGGGAAUGUUUGGCUUAACGUUCGCUCUUAUUAUCAUUUCAUUCAUUGGUGGAGUAAUAGGAAUGGAAUUAUACAUUAGAUUAUCUACUCACAAGAUUAGAAGUUACAUGUUGUCUAUUGUUGAGAAAACUCUAUCUGUUAGUGGAUCAUUGCCUUCGAAAUUCAAAGAAAGAGCCAAAUACAUUCUGGAAAAAGAGGCCACUUCAAUUUACUCCCAUUUCAUUGAAACACAACAGGCAGGAUAUUUAAGAAUAUUUAUUCGAUUCAGCAUUGAUCAAAACUCUAAAAACAGCUCAGAAGCCAUCCUCACAAACACUGAUUUAUCUCUGUAUUUCAUUAAGGGUGCGUCAACUCAAAGAUCAUUCAACGAUAGCAAAACUCUUCUCUAUUCAUCCAUGUUAAUUUAUUUCAACUAUGGAGAUGGUAAUUUAGGAUCAAUGUAUGCAAAAGGGUUGUUGAAAAUCUUGGCAAAGCAAAAAUUGAAUAUACCAGAAGUAAUUAUGUUAACAGAGUUUUCUAAGGAAAUUAAGGAUGAGAAUAGUGUAAAUUCAUCUGAUCUCGAACAAUUAUUGAAUAAGGUAGAGAGUAAUAUAGCUGAAUUGAAGUCCCUCCAUAAGGCCUUCUGGAAAGAAUAUUUGCAAGAUGUAAUUGAAGUGGGAACUUUGGAAUCGAUUAAUAACAAGUGUUCACAACUGAUGAGCCAAUGCGAAACUAUUUUCAAUAAUAGGCUUUCCAGAUACAAACACAAUAAGAAUUUCCUCAGAGCGUAUGCACAAUUUUUAAACGAAAUCAAAUUUGACAAGGAAACUGCCUUUGAAAUAUUCCAAGACGCAGCCAUUGUUGACGAAGAUGAGCCAUCUAAAAAACGUGUUCUUGCUAAGAGUAAUUUAUUCACAGAAUAUGGUAAACAGCAUUCUGAAACCAAUUUGGGGUUUUCUCUAGAUGGCUUAAAGGCUAGCAACCAAAAGAGUAUGGACAUUGAAACAAUUCAUGAAGAUCAAAUGUUGGAUGGAGUUGAGAAUGAUCCACUUGCAAAACGGGAGUUCAUUUUCAAAAGUGCUCUCUCCCAACCACAACAAGGAGGAUAUCAUAUGGGAUCUGUUAUCCUGUUCUGCUUUAUAUCCUUCUCUUUUGUGCUCCUUGCCUUAGUUUUGAAUGUUUAUUAUUCAGUGGAAGUUCUUUCAAAUGUCAAGUUUGUUCAGCAAGUUUGUGAGCCAACUGUUUCUUCAUAUGCCAUUUUGAAACAAAUCAGAAAUAAUCAAAUACUCCUUCAAGCUAAAAAUCAGGGUCUAGAUGUUGAUGAAACAGAUAUUAUGGGUAUUCUUAAGGACGAGACAAACGAAAAUAUUACUUCCAUACAAUCUGUUUGGAAGGAGAGACUUAAUUUCUAUGUUGAACAUAUUGAACAUGUUAAAAAGAUGUCACAAGGUAAAAUUGUUGGAAAAUUCACACCUGAAAUGUAUGAAGAUUACAAUAGUGAAACAAAUGAAAUAUUUGUUCCUGUGAUUCAAACAAAGAAUCAAAAUUCAUUCAUUGAGGUCAUUAAGAAGAAUGUUUCACUCUCUGAAAUAUCAUCACUCUUGAUUGAUAUUGUUGAAAAUUAUCCAUCAGGAGGAUACAAUGAAACAUUGAAAGAAUAUGAUUUCAUGUUGGUAUUCUUGAAUAGGGAAACUUUCACAAAUGCCUUUGUGAAAACAUGUUUCAGUUUCUUGGAAAGAUGUGAACUUGACUCCAAAAAUUUCAACAAUUACUACCUAUACUUUUAUGUUUCUGUAUUGUCAUUUUACAUUCUUUACACAGCCAUCUAUAUUCUCUAUGUAAGAAUUGAAUUCUCAUUUAUCACUAGAACCAUUAGAUUAAUGGAACGCAGUAUUUCAAAGGAUAUUGUAGGUAAAAUCUAUCAAGAUUUGGCAAAGAAAGUAGAAGAAAAUGCUUCUUUGGGAUUUCUCAAAUCAAUAAUCAGCCAACCAAAAGUGUUUUCUGUUUUUUGUAUUGCUUGUUUGGCUUUUCUUACAAUACUUGCAUCUUCAAUGAUGUUCGUAGAGUUGAGAAUUAAUUCUGAUCUAGGAUAUUCAACAAUGUUGAGUGUGCAUAAGACCGCCGAAAAUCUUGUUUUGGUUCAGUCAAUUGGAUACAAACUAAAUGAGAUUUUCUUUUCCACUCUAUCACCCUCUUUAUAUAAUGACCCUAUCUUAAUCAAUGGAACCCUCUUAGAUUAUUACAGGGUGGAGGUGAGAUACAAUGUAACAGAUUUGAGAAGAAGUUUUAACGAAUUGAUUUAUGGUAAGCUUGGAGGAAAUUCAGCAAUUUUAGGAAUGAUACCAAGAAUUGAUCAGAUUAUUACAGGAACUGAUUGUUCUUCUGGCAAUUGUACAAGUUUGGAAAACUCUUUGGACGAAUUUACAAUUGGAUCUAGCAAGUUCAACGAAGAUUUGCUUAAAGGAACUUUUACAGAGGAAGAGUUGGUUUUAAAGAAUGCUGUUGUGGAUGAAUUGAGCCACCACCUAAGUGUAGACUUUCUUGAAUUUUUGGCCUUGUUUACCAUUGCAAGAUCAAUACCUUCUACUGCUAUUGCACUAAUUUUCAGUAUUCUUGGAUUUCUCACAAUAGUUAUUUUCUAUUGGUUACUGGUUCGAGUGUUUCAAAUUCAUUGGAAUGAUGUAUUCCAUUUAAGAAGCAUGUUGAACUAUGUAGAUUAUGACUACUUGGAUUCUUAUGACUCUUUAAGAAACUUUAUUCUAUACCAUCAACUGCCUUCUAGAAACCUGUUCAAAAAGAAGAAUAAGAUUGCCUCAGCAGAGGGUGACGAAUCGAAGGUGAAGAAUAUUCUCAAUGCAGCAGUUGACGGAGCUAUUCUUUGUAAUAGUACAUGUGAUAUUGAAAUAUUCAAUCCAGCAGCUCAAAGAAUGUUUGGAUGCAAACAAUCAGAUACUUUGGGAACUCCAAUUUUCACUCUCUUUGAUAAAGAAUCGAGGACAGAGUUGGAGAGAGUCAUUUCUGAAUUGAUUAAGAAUGCCAAAUCGACAACAUCUUCUGAAAGUCUUGGUGAAACUGUUGAAUUGGAUUGUGUGAGAAAGAACUUGACAAAAUUCCCUGCGAAAAUCAAUUUGUUCUCAACACUGUUUGAUGGAAAACCAGUUGUGACAUGUUUCAUUAAGGAUGCAACUUCUGAAAAGAAACAAAAUGCAUUGUUGGCUGAAGAAAAGAAAAAAUCUGAAAAUCUAUUGAGAUCUAUUUUGCCAGAAAGUGUUGCCAAUAGAUUGAAAUCUGGUGAAACAUUCAUUGCUGAGAAAUUUGCAGAUAUUACUUGUUUCUUUUCUGACAUGGUUGGAUUCACUCAAAUGUCUUCAACUCUCAAUCCAACUCAAUUGGUUGGAAUGUUAAAUAAUAUUGUGAAUGGAUUUGAUGCCUUAACAGACAAAUAUAGUUUGGAAAAGAUCAAGACAAUUGGAGAUGCCUAUUUCUGUGUUGGAGGAAUUGGAAAUACACAAUCUGAUCACCCAGAAAGAAUACUUCGUUUCUCAAUGGACAUAUUCUUAGUAGUACGUAACUAUAACGAGGAGAAUGGGAAAGAAUUUGGACAUCAAAUCAAUAUUCGAGUUGGAGUGAAUACAGGAAGUGCAGUUGCAGGUGUGAUUGGUACAAAGAAAUUUGCCUAUGAUUUGUGGGGUGAUACCAUCAACACUGCUUCUCGAAUGGAAUCAACAUCAAUUGCUGGAAGAAUUCAAAUUUCCAGAUCAACUUAUGAAAGAGUUUAUGAUAUGGGUCUUGAAUUUGAAGAAAGAAGUGUUGAAGCAAAAGGAAAGGGUUUGUGUCUCACUUAUUUAGUCAAAUCUCAUCACCAUGCACAGGCCAUAGUUUCUGAUAACGAAAUCAUUGAUUCUGACCUCGAGGUUUCCCUAACUACAAAACCAGAGGAUGCAAAGGCAGAGAUAUAAUGAAUCCAUUUUGGUAAUAUAGAAUCAUUUUAUUUGCCAAUAUAUUUUCCUUUUUUGUCACUUAACGAUUCUGACAACCAAUGAUGGCGAUGUUAGUGAGUUACAGAAAUGGCGGGUAAAACAUGAAAUCUCAAUUCUUAUUAAAAAAAACAUCAUUAACCCUUCUUG